UUCAACGUACACACAUACAUAGUCCAAACAAGUUACGGGACGCUCUACACGCGCAUUUAAAGACAAUCGGCCUUCGACUGAUUGGCGUUGCGGUCCUCUGUAACGGCAGCGCGAUGCGAUUUGCCAAAGCGGUGCGCGUGUGUGGAAUAGUAGCGAGGACGGAAGAACCGAAGGAAGGAGCGUGAACUGCGUGAAGGAGUCGACGAGACGAGGACAAGAGUGCCACGGUGGGCCGUGCGUUGCGGGCCAUUGACAGGCGCGUUCGGAUGCGCUUCCCGCUCGCGCUUUCCAUCUCGGCACGCGUCGCGACGACGAGGAAAAUAUUCGAGGUCGUCGUUCCCAAUCGUUCCGUGCUUCCGUUAACGCGUACGCUGCGUGCAACCCAAGUACAGGCCUGCUCGUUAGUUACCCCUCUCGUUUCGCGAUCUCGUACGUCCGCGUCUCGUAUUUCUCGUUCCCCGUCUCUGCGCCGUCUUUCGGAGCCUUUGCGCCGGAGGAAAAACCGGCUGAUCGUCACGCACGAUACAUCGAACUAUUCCAAACGGCUCUAUACACAUUACGUAUAUAUAUAUACAUCGCGAUCUUGUUGUAACUAACCUUGCGGAACGCGACUCUGGCGUCUCCAGCGAAAUCUAAUUAGUAGUUUGCGAAUCUCUCCAUUUCACUCGUUGCGUUUCUUCGCGAGUGCCCGUUGCUCGAGUGCGUGAAAUGUGAGUUCCUCUAGUUGAAUAAUAAUAAUAAAAGAGUCGUUUGUUAGAGAGAUAAAUCAUCUAUAGAAUGCCACCAAGACGAGUGGAAGAUGUACCUGUGAAGAGAGUGGCAGCUGCAGGUUGUAAAUUACCAGCGCAACUGCCAGCGGGAGAAAUCUUAACUGAUAUUACACAAAAUAAAUGGAGACUCGGAAAUACCAUUGGAUAUGGUGGUUUUGGGGACAUAUAUUUAGCUUCUAAUGACGUUACGUCGCCUGUCGGCCAAGAUGCCAAAUAUGUUGUAAAAAUUGAGCCUCAUAACAAUGGGCCAUUAUUUGUUGAAAUGAAUUUUUAUAUAAGAGCAGCACGUAAGCACAUGAUUGAAAGUUGGUGCGAGUCUCAAAGAAAGAGGAAAAUUGGUGUUCCUACAUACGAGGGCUCAGGUUCUCAUAUUUAUAGAAAUGAGCGAUAUAGGUUUCUAGUAAUACCACGAUAUGGAAUAGAUAUUGGAAAACUAUUCCUGUCGCAUAGAAGGAAAUUACCAACAAGAUUAGUUAACACGCUGGCUAUACAAAUGUUGGAUGCAUUAGAGUAUAUUCAUAGCAAAGGAUAUGCUCAUGCAGAUAUUAAGGGACCAAAUAUUUUAUUAUCAUGUGGAGAUGGGAUAGGAAAAGAAAAAUCCCAGGCAUACCUUGUAGAUUAUGGCUUGGCGUAUCGUUUUCGUACAGGAACUGGUGAACACAAGCCAUUUGUACAUGAUGAGAGAAGAGCUCACGAGGGUACUUUAGAAUUUACAUCACGGGAUGCUCAUCAUGGAACACAUUCAAGAAGAGGAGAUCUAGAAACUUUAGGUUAUAAUAUUAUACAAUGGUUAUGUGGAAAGCUACCUUGGGAAAAAAAUAGUGAUGACAUGGACUCAGUUAUGGAUCCAGAAGAAGUUCAUCGACAAAAAGAAAUUCUUUUGUCAGACUUGUCUUUGUUUAUGGAUAAAUGUUUUCCUCACAAAAAAACACCACCAGCUGCAAUUAUGAAGUAUAUGAAGUAUGUGACUGAAUUAGAAUUCGAGACCAAGCCCAAUUAUUCCUAUUUACGGAAUUUAUUUGUACGCAGUAGCAGCCAAGAUAGCAAUAUUCCUACAUGUCUUUACAGUAUGAAAGAAUCCAAUGAAAAUCUUACAAGUGCUAUAUUUUUCGAGCGUCCAUAUUUAAGAGAAAGAAGACCUUGCAAACCUGUAAAUGGCGAGAUUCGAAUAACACGAAAUACACAGCCUAAGCAUUCAGUUCAGGAUAAAGAAUUUAGCUGGGAAGCAGUAUUGGCGCUGCACCCGGAUAAAUUUGCAAAAAUUAGUACUCAACCGCCGUCUUCACCUCUGACACCGCCUCUUACACCCCCGCCAUCCUUACCUUCACGACCACCAUCUUUACCAACGUACGCUAUGCUGGACGUACUUCGUAGAAUGAAGGAAAGGCAAUCAAAUUCAUAUAGGCAUAAAGGAACGCCGAGAUCAUCGGAUAACGAACUCAAACCAAAAUGGAUGACACCCGCGAUGGAAGAAGUUGCACGAUUAAAAAAAAUGGUUAUUGAGUCUCCCAGUCCCGUUCCUCAAAGUUCACGUGUAACACGUUCACGUGUGGCGAAUACAAAAGGAGUUAAGAAGCAACAUAAACGGAAAAGGGAUAAUUCAAUCGAAGUUACGCAUAAAAGAAGGAAAGCCUCAUUCUCUUAAAUUGGUCUGGUUAGUAUUGAUGGAAAUCAGUCUCUGAUAAUGAAUCCAUCGGAAAUAUAUAAUUAAGUAUUAUUCGGACAAAAUCUCGAUUUAUCACGAUGUUAUCGACACACAUCGCAUUAAUUUAUUUAAGACUGCUUCAUCAUGAUGAUUUGUUUUUCAAUAAAAUCGAACAAUAUAUAUAUAAGAUUUCUAAAUAGUUGUAGCGAACAAAAUAGUGAUAAUAUUAAUAAUAUUAAGUGACUUCCUCCUAGGAAAUUACAGAGAUUCAAUAGAAUUAAUGUGUUCGUAUAGAAAGACAUCAACUAUGGAUGUCGUAAUAUUCCUGCAAGACAUGAUGUCUGUUGCAUAAUUUAAGAUCGCACAAAUGAAUUUUGCAAUCAAAUCAUUAGGUUGAAUUUGUUGUUUGUAACAUUAAUAUGUAGAGAGAGAGAGAGAGAGAGAGAGUGUGUG